AUGAGAAACAUUAAGCAAUUUUCUCUUUUAAAUAGACUUAUCAGCUCUUCUUUAAGCAGCCAAACUCCUCAUUAUAGAUUCGUUUAGAUAGCUCAAAAGCCUCCUAACUCUAAAUAUUCAGAUUAAUACGAGCUUUCAAGCGAUGAAAUAGAUAAUGUUUUGAAAAAGAGACCAAAGAAAGAGAAAUAGUCUGUAGUAUUUGCUACUGAAAUCAGUUAAGAUCAAACAUAUGAAAAAGACAUAAAAGAAACCCUUCAAGAAAUAUAAUCAAAGCCUAAGAAUUACAAUGCAAAUUAGACAUUAUCAGAAGAAAGCGAUGAUUACUUAGAUGGCUAAGCAAUCGCUUCUACCUCUUCAGGCAAAGGAAUUAUUACAGGAAGAUUAGAUGAUGAAACAAGAGUUUAAGUUAAAUACUAUAAAUAUGAUUUGCCAAUCCCAAAUAUUGAUCCCGAAAUCGUGGGUAUUGUUGAUCCUUUUGAGCGUGCCAAAAGAGAGUACGAAACAUCAAAUUAAAGAUUGUGGGCUCUACUUAACUUAAACGAAAAUACACCCUAUGAAACAUACGAACUUUCAUUAAGACAUAAAUUUAAUAAUGAACUCGAUAUGUACGGAGAUAUUUAAGACGAGGCAUUGAUCAGAGAGUAGCAAUAGAAAGAACUUGGUGAUGGAGCUAUUCCUCAAUACCAUUUAACCAAUGUUGAUUAUAUGGAAAGAAUGAGAAGACACGUCACAGUUAACUUCAAUAUGCCAGGAGCUAUUGAAUUAGAACAUCCUCAUAAAUUCUUAAAGGAAUUAAGACCUAUUGAGGAAUUCAGACACACUCCUUUGAUCCCCAUCAGUGAAAGACAAAUGAGAGAACAUCAAUAAAAGGUUGAAGCUCUUUCUAGAAGAGGUUUCUAUUACGAAAUUAAGAAGGACACUGUUUAUAAUUGGAUUUUAGCAAGUGUUGCCAUUAGUAUUGGUUUAUAUAUGAUAUCACUCGUUAUUAAGAAAGAAGAAGAAUCUGGUAUUGCAGUAGAAAGAUUAAAAAUAGAACGUAGUCAAAUCGGUUUAGCUAAAAAAUGA